AAUCCCCCAUUUUACUCCUCACACGUCUUUCUCUCUUUCAUAAUUUCUCUUGAAAGCAUCUUCGACCCCAUAUUCUACGCCAACAUGUCCAUUCUCUUCUGUCUCCUCUGCUGACUCCAUUUUCUCCACAAAUUUCAGUGUCUACCAAUGGAUGUCCCUUUGACACAACUUCACUAUCUCACUCACUGUUUCUCCAACUUUGCUUACAAAGAAAUGAGAAAUACGCAUAUGGGUUUAUUGCUUUUAAUGGGUAUUUGAGGUACCCAAAAUUUGUUAUCUUUGGCACUGCUCAAAACACACUUUGAUUUUGUAUAGAACAAUGUUUAGGCUUGCUAACUCUUUCUGGGUUUUGGCCUACAAGUGCUUGUUUUGUCUUUUUGGGUUUAUACUCAGAUACAUAUUCAGAUUUAAAGAGGAUGACAAUUCUUUGAAGAAUGAUUACAAUUGUAUAGUUGACCAUUCUCAGCCUGAAGAUCAAACUGUUUCUGGUAGUUCCAUGUUUUUGGAGACUGAUGGGUCUGCAAAGACAGAGAAUUCUGAUGGCUUUUUUGAGUUUCGCUUUCAGAAUUAUUACACAAGAAAUGGAGAAACAGAGGUCUCUGUUUUCCAGGAAACUUCACCGAUUCCGAACACGAGCAAGUAUGAGGUUUUCUCCGGAAAAGAUAUCAGUGGAUUCAUGGAGGAGCCUGAAACUAUGAGGUUUACAAUUCAAGAGAUGUUUUUGGAUGCCCCAAUUGUCAAUAAACCAAAACAAGAUGCUCUGUUCUCUCCUGUGAAAAAAUCCCAAGAACUCCAUGUAGAAAAAGACCAAGAAAUUUUGGUGGGUUCAAAUGAUUGUUUCAUAGGUAAAGAUCAAAUGAUCAGAUCAGUCUCUGCUGAUGAAGAUUUUCAGGAAUUAAAUUCAGAAGUAGAGGCUACUAUUCUUCAAAAAACAGAGGACUCUAUUGAGAAGUUUGAUCAGAAUCAGUUAGAUAAGAGUCAUUUCUCACCUUUGGAAUCAGAGCCUGAGUCUAGUAGUUCAAGUGAAGGAGUGUCAAUUAUCAAUCACAAAGUUGAUUCAGUUGAUAAUGAAUUUUGCUCCGACACUCGUGUGGAUGAAGGACUCAAACAACUAGAAUUUAUUAAGAAAAAAUCAAAUUCAAAACAAAUUAGCAUCGAUGAGUCGAGUUUAUUUGAUAGGAAAGCAGUUACUAUUAGAAGAGAUGAAUCAGAAGAUAGCGAUGAUGAGUACAUAGAUUUCGAGCCCAUUUUGCAAUUUUCGAGUCACUUGGGUAAUAGUUUGUACACAACAGAAUUAGAAAGAGUUGAGACCAAACAAAGAAAUGAAAAUUUACAGAGCCCAGAGACAGAAAAAAUAGAUAAAUUAGGAAAAUCUAAAGAACAAAACUCCCAGAAGAUGUCAUUGGAUUCGGAUUUUGAAGAUGAAGAUGAUUCUGAUAUUCUGUUGAAAUAUCGGGACUUGGUUGAGCAGAUGAAAUCGGAGAUUAAAAAUGGGAGGACUAAAGGGCUUCCCACAAUCUUGGAGGAAUCGGAGACUCUGAAAAUGGACGAUUUGAAGCCACUGAAAAUUGAUGCGAAAUUGGAGCAUAAAGAUCGUGUGGAAGAGAUUCAGAAGGUGUACAAGAGCUAUGCAGAGAAAAUGCGAAAAUUGGAUGUCUUGAAUUACCAAACCAUGCAUGCUAUCAGUUUUCUCCAAUUGAAAGAUCCAAUUCAACAAGCUAAUUCAGGCCAAAAAUCUUCAGUAAUGACAUCUUUUCUUUUCCAAAACCUUUGGCCAUCCAAGUUAAGAAGAAUCUAUGCAGACCCAACACUAAAGUCCAUUUGUGAAUUGCAUAGAGACUUGGAAUUAGUGUACAUUGGACAAGUUUGCCUUUCAUGGGAAAUCCUCCAUUGGCAAUAUGGGAAAGCAAGAGAGUUUUGGGAAAAUGAUUUUGAAGUACAUGGUCCAUAUAAUCAAGUAGCUGGUGAAUUUCAACAAUUUCAAGUGCUUGUGCAAAGAUUUGUAGAGAACGAGCCAUACCAAGGACGACCUAGAGUUCAAAACUAUACCAAGGACCGGUAUGAGCUCCGUGCCUUUCUUCAAGUUCCGGUUGUCAAAGACAAUUGUUCGAAGGAUAAGAAUGAUGGAAGAGUUGAGGAAGAAAAUGCGGUUUCAAUUGCAAUGAUGACGGAAAUUAUUGAUGAAUCGAUGCGUGCUUUUUGGGAAUUUGUUCGUGCUGAUAAAGAUGAGGCAAAUACGAGUUUGAAGGGUCUUCAAGACCCUUCAUGUUUUGAGCUUCUAAUGGAUGUCAAAACAAGUCUUCAAAAGAAGGAGAGGAGGCUCAAGGAGAUAUUGAGAAGUGGAAAUUGCAUAGUAAAGAAAUUCCAAAAAGAUCAAGAAUGUAGAAUGGAUAGAUCAUCGUUAUUUGCUCAAGUUGAGUUGAAAUUGGUGUCAAGAGUGCUAAACAUGUCGAGACUAACAACAGAUCAGCUAGUAUGGUGUCAAAAUAAACUAAAUAGGAUUAGCUUCAUCAAUAAAAAAAUUCAUGUAGAACCUUCAUUUUUGCUUUUUCCAUUUUGAGGUUUUGAAAUGUUGCCACUAUGCCACUUUUAUUUCCUAUAGAUCUAUAUGUUUUAAAAUGGUAGAUUAAUGUUCUCCAAAAAUGAAAAAAUUAUAGUAAUGUCAUUGUACAGAGUCGGUUGUUACGACAAUUCUAUAGUUUUGUCUAUACUA